AAAAUGUCCAUAUUUAUACACUUUCCUUCCCCAUUGUACUUUCUUCAGUUACCAUGGCCAAUCCCAUCCAGGCUACAACGGCUGUAACCACCAACACAAACACCGUCAAACGCCGAAGAUUAACCCACAACCACCGCCGCCAGGAGCUGUCUGAUCUGAUCCCUGGUCUGCCUGACCACAUAGCUCAACUUUGCCUCUCUUUUGUUCAACCUUCUUUGCUUUACUCUGGAUGCUCUUCCUGGCGACGACUAAUCUAUUCCCCUGAUUUCCCUCCUUUCCUCUCUUUCUACACAGUUCUAUCCGCUACACACACAGAUCAUACUCAAUAUUCUAAUUCAGUUCAGUUCUUUAACUUUGAUCCUAUCUCCUCCAGGUGGGAGACUCUUCCUCCGCCACCACAGGACCCUCCUCUCCGUCUCCUUCUCCGCCACCCAUCUUUUAUUUCCCGCUACCUACCUAUUCAAAUCGUCUCUGUUUCUGGGCAUCUCAUCCUCCUUGCUGCCACCACUCACAAUUUUGUUCCAGCCCUCUCUCGCCCUCUCAUUUUCAAUCCGGUCUCUCGCACAUGGGCUUUUGGUCCCCCACUCUCCACACCGCGCCGCUGGUGCGCUGCCGGAAGUGUAAAUGGUGCUAUCUAUGUGGCGAGUGGGAUCGGGUCUCACUUCUCAGCCGAUGUGGCGAGGUCGGUGGAGAAAUGGUACUUUUUGCACGACAAAAAAAUGGCAGCAAUGAGCAGUCAUUAUUUGAGCACCAGGAACAAGGGUAGCUCUUGGAAAUGGGAGAAGGUGAAAGGAUUGAAAAAUGUAAGAUUUAGCAGAGACGCCAUUGAUGCAGUAGGGUGGAGAGGGAAGCUAUGUAUGGUGAAUGCAAAAGGGGAUGCAGCGAAAGAAGGUUCAGUUUAUGACACUGAGAAGGACACUUGGGAGGACAUGCCAGAGGGAAUGCUUGCUGGGUGGAAAGGUCCUGUGGCAGCCAUGGAUGAGAAGGUGAUGUAUGUGGUAGAUGAAGCCAAGGGUGCGCUAAAAAAAUAUGAACCUGAGAGGGAUGACUGGGAGAAAAUAAUGGAGUCUGAGAGGCUUAUAGGAGCACAACAGAUUGCUGCAGGCGGUGGUAGAGUUUGCGUCGUAUGCGGCGGGAGCAACAGUGGUGGGAUUGUCGUGCUGGAUGUGAUGUCAUUGCCAGUAAGAUUAUGGGUAGUGGAGACACCUCCGGGAUUUGAAGCUGUGGCGGUCCAUAUAUUGCCUAGGAUGAGCCGGCCAGAUCUUAUAUUUCCGGUCCCUCCGUAGCCUGGAUUCUUGAAAUCUUGACGUGAAUGACCGCUGGAUUCUUGACUUCUUGGCAAAGCAAUCCAGAGCGUUGAAAUUUUUUUGUUGGCUUUCGUCCCAAACAUUAUCUCAGCUUCGCUGGCCAUUGGCCAAGAAUUGAGGUGAGAGAAAAUGGUUUCCUGAAAAGUGAAAAUGUAACUUUUUCUCAAAAUGUUUUUUUUAUUAAUUUUAUAGUACUUUACUUUUUAUGUUUUGACUGACUUUUAAAUAUUCCUUUUGUUGCAAGAAAAAAUUAAUUUUUAAUUUUUUAAUUUUAUUUUAUUUUUAUCUUUUUUAUAUUAUAUAAUCUAACGAUUAUAUAUAUUUUUUAAAUUUAUGUACCUGUAAUAAUAACUUAUUUAUUUUUUAUGUAUAAAUGAUAAGGAAUCCCAACUCUUUAUGGGGCAGAGGGAGAUGUGUAAAAAAUUAAUUCCACUGAUAAAAUGUUGAUUGAAUUCCUGUUUUCCAUAAAAGGAGGUAGAACAAGGUUUCUUCUUUCUUGUGGGUUGGUGUUAAAUUGUCCUGUAAUCAGAAUUCAAGUGGUUGAAGAUACUGACUGAAGCAUCUCAUUUUCUGAGGAAUCUGGUUGCGUGACUUUAGAAGUAAUUGACUGCAUAUGCAUUUAAUAUGAAAAGUUGUUAUUUUAAUCUGUUCAAGGAUUGCUUGUCAACUUUCUAAUUAUGAAGAAAUCCUGUACUGAAUAUACAUUACUAGUUGUGGGAUUAUGAGUUCAUGUGAUUUCCAAGUUA